AUGAGUUCCCAUCCUCACCGCGCACAACGGCCUAUUGCCCCAGAUGACGCAGUUACCGCGCCCAACGCAAUGGACUCCCUCCGUGCUGAAGAUGUUUCGAUCGAGACGGCGGAUGUGACAAGCCCAAUCGACGACACGGAAGGUUCGGAGAGCCCUACCGAAUCUCGCCGGGGAAAAAACAAGUCCGACGAGACGCAAGCGUCCAGCAUUGACAGUCGAGAGGUGACCAAGACCGAACCACCUGCAGCGCGCCCCCCCCACUUUCAGGAGCCGUCAAAAGACGAGGCAGCCAUGUUCUACCAAUGGUUGCCUUCGCAGCCAAUCCUCCUAGGCCGGACUUCCUCUCUGUCUUUGCCCUGGGAUAACGCGAUGGCGGCUCCUCGGCGCGGUGCUUGGAACUACGGGAAGGAGGAUACCAGCAUGUCCUGCGGACCUGUUGGUGCACAUCCUAUUCGCGAACAUUGGGAUAACGAUUCCUUCCGAGAUCUUCUCUCAGACGCCUUUAAUGAACUACCAUAUUCGUCCAUGGUACCCGUUCGGGUUGGUCGAACAAUAAUGCCGGCGAACGAGCGUCCAGUUGUCCUUUGGGUCGGCGUCGCAAAUGCCGAAGCCGUCAGAGCGACAUGGCCUGUCAUUUCCCACUGCUUGAGCCUUGUACGCAGCGUUCUCGACAGCGAACAGCUUUUCGACGUAGAGUGCGAGCUCCGAAUCAGUGACAACAUGAGAGCGGUCGAAGCAGACGCAAGAUACACGUUGCCUUCGGUUGAUCAAAUCCGCAGACGUUAUUCGACAGAAGAAUGCGUCAGCGAAAGAGCGAUCUCGACGACGGUGGGAACUGGCAUUUCGCCGCAGAAUGCGCAGCAUAUGGAAGGCACACUAGGACUCUACUUGGGACCAGUUUCUGGCUCUAGCGAAACUGCCAAUCCUGUGUGGGCACUCACCUGCCACCACGUGGUUUAUCCUGAAGAGGACGAUACCACCAAGUACAACCGGGCCAAAAUUGUGAUGCCCUCCCGCACAGAGCUGAACAGUGCCUUGCAGAACAUCAAUAGUGUUAUCACCAAUGCUUGGCUUUUGGUCAAUGGCCACCGAGGACCACCAGACGCUCAGAACAUAGUGGAUCGCCAAGUCCUCGAGCGCGCCACCAAGUUGCGAGAGAAGCUCACGUCAUUCCGUGCCUCUGACAAUGCCGCCGUCGUUGGCCACGUCCACCGGGCGCCUGAUGUGGCAGUGAACGACCACCCUGGCGAGCCACGCUACACUCGAGAUUGGGCUCUUAUUGCGCUGGAUAGGGCCAAAUUCCCCGAUAAUUUUGACUUUCAAAAUUAUGUUGACCUCAAGGCCGACCGACCAGGAAGUAUCCUUGGUUCUAUCAACGAAUACCUCGACGGUCCUGACCGCUUCAUAAUGCCAACAAAUGAACUGAUGCGCUUGUCGGGCACUGUCACACUGGAUAAGAUCCGGGGUCGCCCAAAACAGCAUGCGUUGGUCGCAACCAGAGAUGAUGAUUCGUACUUCGUUGUCUUGAAGCGGGGAGUCAAAACGGGAUUGACAGUCGGUGUCGCACUCGACAUGAGGUCGGUGUGCCGGCAAUCUGUCGGCACUGAGAUGGUUGAGUCAUUCGAAUGGUUGGUUGUCCAUAUCAGCGCAAUGCGGUUCGAUGCUAGGUGGCCUCUCGAGAACGUCUUUUCUUCGGAGGGUGAUUCGGGUGCGGCUGUCUUCGAUCUACAGGGCCGGGUCGCUGGUAUGAUUACUGGCGGGACUGCUAGAAGCGAACGAGCAGUGACGGGAAUGGAUUUCACAUACAUCACACCGAUGGCCCAUCUCCUCGCCGACAUUGAGCGGGAGCUUGGUUUCGAAGUGAAGAUUUUGUGA